GCGGCGCCGGCGGGAGCGCGCGCGUCGCAAGAUGGCGGCGGCCAUGCUAGGCCCCGGAGUUGUGUGUGCGCAGCGGGCGGCGGCAGCGCGGCCCGGGCUGCAGACCCUGCGGCGGCGCUAGCCCGGCCUUCGGCGUCUUUUCGCGGUCGGUACUUCCACCUCUCCCUGCCUUGCCCGUUAUGGAUCUACCCGUGGGCCCCGGUGCGGCGGGGCCCAGCAACGUCCCGGCCUUCCUGACCAAGCUGUGGACCCUCGUGAGCGACCCGGACACCGACGCGCUUAUCUGCUGGAGCCCGAGCGGGAACAGCUUCCACGUGCUCGACCAGGGCCAGUUCGCCAAGGACGUGCUGCCCAAGUACUUCAAGCACAACAACAUGGCCAGCUUCGUGCGGCAGCUCAACAUGUAUGGCUUCCGGAAGGUGGUGCACAUCGAGCAGGGCGGCCUGGUCAAGCCAGAGCGGGACGACACCGAGUUCCAGCACCCGUGCUUCCUGCGUGGCCAGGAGCAGCUCCUGGAGAACAUUAAGAGGAAGGUGACCAGCGUGUCUACGCUGAAGAAUGAGGACUUCAAGAUUCGCCAGGACAGUGUCACCAAGCUGUUGACCGACGUGCAGCUGAUGAAGGGGAAACAAGAGAGUAUGGACUCCAAGCUGCUAGCCAUGAAGCACGAGAACGAGGCCCUGUGGCGAGAGGUGGCCAGCCUGCGACAGAAGCAUGCCCAGCAGCAGAAGGUCGUCAACAAGCUCAUCCAGUUCCUCAUCUCGCUGGUGCGGUCUAACCGGGUCCUGGGGCUGAAGAGAAAGAUCCCCCUGAUGCUGAACGACGGCAGCUCGGCACACUCCCUGCCAAAGUACGGCCGGCAGUACUCGCUGGAGCACAUCCACAGCUCCGGCCCCUACUCGGCUCCGUCCCCGGCCUACGGCGGCUCCAGCCUCUACUCCCCAGAUGCUGUUUCUAGCUCCGGACCCAUCAUCUCCGACAUCACCGAGCUGGCGCCCAGCAGCCCCUUGGCCUCUCCAGGCGGAAACACAGAUGAGAGGCCCCUGUCAAGCAGCCCCCGGGUGCGAGUCAAAGAGGAGCCCCCCAGCCCUCGGAGCCCCCAGGUGGAGGAGGCGAGUCCCGGGAGCCCGUCCUCCGUUGUGGAGACCCCCCUGUCCCCGACCGCCUUCAUCGACUCCAUUCUGCGGGAGAGCGAGCCUGCCCCCGCCGCCUCGGCCACUCCCCUCACUGAUGUGGGGGCCCGGCCCUCCUCACCCCCCUCAGCCCCCGAGAAGUGCCUCAGCGUAGCCUGCCUGGACAAUUUGGCUCGCACUCCACAGAUGUCUGGGGUCGCCCGCCUCUUCCCCUGCCCCUCCUCUCUGCAUGGCCGAGUCCAGCCAGGGACCGAGCUCAGUGACCAUUUGGAUGCCAUGGACUCUAACUUGGACAGCCUGCAGAGUAUGCUGAGCAGCCACGGCUUCAGCGUGGACACCAGCGCCCUGCUGGACCUGUUCAGCCCCUCGGUGACAGUGCCCGACGUGAGCCUGCCUGACCUUGACAGCAGCCUGGCCAGCCAGAUCCAGGAGCUCCUGUCCCCCCAGGACCCCCCCAGGCCUCUAGAGGCUGAGAGCAGCAGCCCCGACUCAGGAAAGCAGCUGGUGCACUAUACAGCACAACCCCUGUUCCUGGUGGACCCAGGCUCCGUGGACGUGGGGAGCAGCGACCUGCCCGUGCUCUUCGAGCUGGGGGAGGGCUCCUACUUCUCCGAGGGGGACGACUACACAGAUGACCCCAGCGUCUCCCUGCUGACGGGCUCCGAGACCCCCAAAGCCAAGGAUCCCACUGUCUCCUAGAGGUCCCAGGAGGGGGGCUAACCAUGCUCCCUCCCACCCAGUCAGCAGCGAGGGCCACAGCCCCACAUGCCAUGGGUCGUGACACCUGGAUUGCCAGUACUGUGGGUGUUCAGUUAGAAUUGUAUUUUGGAUUUUUACAAGUUCCCUUUUCCCCUUCUGUAGAGAUACACAGGUAUAUAUGCAGACGGACGGACGGACAAGACAGGCAGAGAUGUAUAAAGGACAGGCUCUA